AAACAAACUCUCUCCCCCUUCGUCCUUCUUCCUCAUUCUCCACACUCAACCUUCACGUAAAAGCCAGCUCAGCUGCCUCCCUCUAAACCCCCACCCCCCACCUUCAUCUUUUUUUUUUUUCUCAUCAUCCAAACCACACCCUUUUUCAGAAAAAAAAAAAAAAAACUCCCAAUUUAAAAAAUAAUAAUAAUCUUCUUCUCUCUUUCCACUUUCCAUUUUUUUGUUUCUGGGUAUUUAAUUUUCAUGCACGUAAGUAGUAAGAAAGCAGUAAUUAAUGGAUGCAGAAAAACCCAGCAUACUGGGUAGCUCCAUCAAACCCACAUGGGCAUCUCUGCUCCUCCUCUUCACCAUCAUGCUUGUCCUUUCCUACCAAACAUUCUCAACCAUGGCGGGUCUUCCCACAUGGGUCGGGUCGAUUUGGCCCGCCGCAGGAUCCGAUACCCUUUCGGAUCAUCACCCGAGCACCUGUUCCGGGUUCUUCGGGGGCGUCCCCAAGAGGAAGGUGGUGAUGUCGAUCGAGGCCUUCGGCGGGGUCGGCGACGGGGCCACGUCCAACACCGAAGCGUUUCGGAGGGCGAUUCUCCACAUGCAGCGUUUCGGGGAGAGUGGUGGGGCCCAGUUGAACGUUCCUAAGGGGAGAUGGUUGACGGGCAGUUUUAACCUCACCAGUAAUUUCACGCUUUUUCUUGAAGAGGGCGCUGUAAUUCUGGGAUCCCAGGAUCCGAAGCAAUGGCCUAUUAUUGAGCCAUUGCCUUCUUAUGGAAGAGGAAGAGAGAGGUUAGGAGGAAGACAUAUAAGCCUUAUUCAUGGGGAUGGUCUUACAAAUGUUGUCAUUACAGGUAAUAAUGGGACAAUUGACGGGCAGGGGAAAAUGUGGUGGGAACUAUGGUGGAACAGAACACUGGAGCAUACCAGAGGUCACCUGCUUGAGCUAAUGAACUCUCAAAACAUUCUCAUCUCUAACCUCACUUUCCUCAAUUCUCCUUUUUGGACCAUCCAUCCUGUUUACUGCAGUAACGUUGUUAUCAAGGACAUGACAAUCUUGGCUCCUCUGAAUGCUCCUAAUACUGAUGGCAUAGACCCAGAUUCGAGCACUAAUGUGUGCAUUGAGGACUGUUACAUUGAGAGUGGCGACGAUCUUGUAGCAGUGAAAAGUGGUUGGGAUCACUAUGGAAUCAAAGUGGCUCGUCCAAGCUCAAACAUCAUAGUAAGAAGAGUUCAUGGCACCACUCCAACUUGCUCUGGAGUGGGAAUAGGUAGUGAGAUGUCUGGUGGGAUUUCAAAUGUGACCAUUGAGGAUUUGCAUGUUUGGGACUCUGCAGCUGGGGUGCGCAUAAAAACGGACAAAGGUAGAGGGGGCUACAUAGCAAAUAUUAGUAUAAGUGACAUACUGAUGGAAAGGGUGAAGGCACCCAUAAGGUUUAGUAGAGGGGCCAAUGACCACCCAGACAAAGGAUGGGAUCCCAAAGCUGUUCCCCAAGUAAAGGGAAUUUUUAUUAGCAACGUGUUCAGUUUGAAUUCAACAAAAGCCCCAGAAUUGAAGGGCAUUGAGGGUGCUUCAUUUGAAAGGAUAUGCUUUAAAAAUGUCACAGUACUUGGUCUUGCUCCAUCUGCAGCAUGGCAUUGUGAAUUUGUUUCAGGUUUUGCCAAUGGGGUGUUUCCAGCUGCAUGUCCUCAGUUGCAGGAUAUGGACGCUUUUGACUGGUGUCUGCAACGUUGAGCAUCUGUGGAUGCCUUUAGUUUGUGUUUUUUUUAUGGAAAUAUGAGGCCUGAGUUUUGAGGUUGGACUUCAAUUACUCUUCCACGGUUGGGUGUUCUUUUGGAAUCGAACACAAACCAUAUUACGGGGACAGGCAUGAUCAGCUCAGGCUUGGCUUUGCAAGUGAGAUAUGUAGCUGGUGUUCAAGGAGAUCUUCUAUGACUGCUGUCCGGUGACCUAUUCAAUUUGCACAAGGAUGAAUAUUUCUUGUGUAUUGGAUCCAUUGUGCACAAGUCUGUUUGGUGAUCACCAGAAUCUACUGAAUGGGUGACCUUAUUUUGGGCACUAAUUAUUUUCGUCAAGACUACUUGUUUAUUUCAAACAGUUCAUUGCCGUGGUGCUACACAUACAUACUCAGAAAAUACACAGAUUAUAGUAAUCCUCAAAGCUGGAGAGAUGAACUUGUAUAGAGUUGAUACACAACAAGUGUAACUUUUUUUCUGAACUUAUUCAUUGAUGAAUUUAUGUUACGGAUCUACAA